AUGAACUCAUCCACUCCCCAAUGCGUGCCCUCUGCGGACAACGCGUUCGGUCCGAUGGUCGCCGUCGAAUGUCGCCAGGGAUUCGACUUUACCGUCACCUUUGAGCAAUCCAUUCUUGUCCUACUUCCCGCCACGCUUCUCAUCGUCGCGGCGCCUCUUCGUCUGUUCCAUCUUCGCCAUUCCCCCGUCAAAGUCGCUGGUCAUGGCCUCCGACACCUCAAACUGGCCGCCAUCGCCGUCUUGGCCGCCCUGCACCUUGCCCUCGUGGUCCUCUGGGCGACGCGUCCUCCAGGCGCCCGUUUCAGUCGUGUCUCUAUUGCUGCUGCAUGUGUCUCCUUUGCCUCAAGCUUGAUGUCCUGUGUCCUCUCGUAUGCUGAACAUGUCAAAUCUCCGCGCCCAUCUUCCUUGUUGAAUGCCUUCCUCCUCGUAUCUCUGCUGCUGGACGCGGCACUGCUCCGCACCCUGUGGCUGCUGCCCUCGUCCAUCAUGAGUGCCUCCAUCCCAGCCAUCUUCACAGCUGCAUGCUCUUGCAAGGCUGUCCUCCUCAUCCUUGAGGCAUGGGAUAAGUCAUCAUACUUGAUAGCCGGCGCCGGCCCGUACGCACCGGAGGUUACGGCCGGCCUCUACGCCCGGGCCGUGUUUGCGUGGGUCACGCCUCUGCUGCAGACGGGCUUUCGGAGGCUGUUGAAGCCGGUGGAUCUGUUUUCGCUGGAUGAAGAUAUGGGUGCGGCGGGCUUGGUCGAGAGGUUUUGGUGGCAUUGGACAAAAGCAUCAUCAACACGCAAGCACCGGCUCAUUCGAUGUUGUAUCAUCACUUUAAGAUGGUCCCUCGUCGCUGUCGUGCUCCCACGACUCGCCCUCCUGGCCUUCACCAUCUGCCAGCCCCUCGCGCUGAACCGCUUUCUCAUCUUUCUCGACGAUUCAUCUCAGCCCGCCACCAUCGGUUACGGUCUUGUCGCCGCCUACGGGCUCAUCUAUUUCGGUAUCGCAGUUACGCAGGCCCUCUAUUGGCAUCGCAAUGGCCGCUCCGUCACCAUGCUGCGGGGUGUUCUUGUCUCGGCCAUCUUCUCCAAAGCUACCGAGACGAGCAUCACGGCAACGGAUGAUUCGGCGGCUGUCACUCUCAUGUCAUCCGACGUCGAAGUCAUUGUCCGGGCCAUCAAGGAGAUUCACGAAUUCUGGGCAAAUGUUAUACAGAUUGUCAUUGCCACUUGGCUGCUGAGUAUCCAAAUCGGAUAUGCCGCCUCAGGUCCAAUCAUCGUCUCUGUUGUAGCCCUUCUCGGUACGGUCGGGGUUGCGCCUCUGGCGAAGAAGUAUCAAAUUGCCUGGUUGGCGAAGACGCAAAAGCGAGUGGGAAUCACAUCCGCCAUGAUCGGGCAUAUCAAGAGCAUCAAGAUGUCUGGUUUGGCGCAGAAGCUCUCUGAAACAAUCGCAAGUCUACGCGUCGAGGAAAUCAAGACUGCUAAACCCUUUCGUGUUGUCGGCAGCAUCACUUCUUCGAUGGCUCAAGUGCCUCUUCUACUCUCACCUGUGGUGGCCUUUGGUCUGUUCCAGGGCGUGGCUGCAAAUUCUAACCAAACACUUGACGCAACAAGAAUGUUCUCUGCUCUCUCGCUCAUUAUCCUUUUAGCCCAACCGCUUUUCUGGAUGUUUGAAGUCGUUCUUGACAUGAGCGCUGCUCUUGGAGCUUUCGAACGGAUUGAGAAAUUCCUCGUCCAGAAUUCACGUCAAGAGUAUCGCCAGGUCUAUCCACAAGCACCGUCUGAGAUUCCCCUUGAGCACGAUUCGGAGGCUGUGGAACUACAGGUCCUUAGAAACCAUACUCCUACCUCCAUGGUUAGCAAGAUCUCAGAAGGUUUCGCCGUCGAUGUUCUAGAGGCAAAUUUUGCGUGGUCAGAGGAGCGGGAAGUUCUCCAAGACAUCACUUUUACAAUUGAGCGCAGUCAGUUUGUUCUACUGAUCGGACCAGUCGCCUCUGGAAAGAGCACACUCUUGAAAGGGAUGCUUGGAGAAGUUCCAAACACGACUGGUAGGAUCAGUCUAGCCAGUGAACGGCUCUCCUGGUGCGAUCAGACACCGUGGCUCUUGAACAAAUCUAUCCGGGAAAAUAUCAUUGGGUACUCUCAUUUUGAUCCAAGCCUCUACGACCUCGUGGUCAAGUCCUGUGAUCUUGGAAGGGACUUCAAGCAGCUGUCAGAGGGUGAUAUGACUGUGGUCGGAAGCAAAGGUCUUGCUCUCAGUGGAGGGCAAAAGCAACGAGUUGCUUUGGCUAGGGCAGUGUACUCCAGGCCGAAGAUUGCCCUGUUUGACGAUGUCUUCAGCGGUCUGGACAACCAUACUGCACAGCGGGUCUUCAAGAAUAUCUUCCUUAAGGAUGGAUUACUUAGGAAAUUUGGCACCACAAUAAUCCUUGCCACGCAGUCAGUGAGCUUCCUUUCGUCCGCGGACUUGAUACUCUGCCUUGAUGGGAACGGAAAACUCUCUGAACAAGGAACUUUCGAUCAUCUUCGAAAUUCUGGCGGGUACAUGCAAACACUCGUCAAAGACAUCCCCAGUUCUCAAUCCAUUGGUUUUGAAGAUUCUAUUGACCCCGUUGAACACGCCGACAACACAAUGGUCAACUCCAAGGCCAAGCCAGUCAAGGAACAGGAACCAGAUGAGCGCCGCCAACUCGGCGACAGGACCGUCUACCGCUAUUACUUUGGCAGUAUAGGUUAUACUUUUCUCGGUACUCUGAUUGCACUGGAGAUUGUGUGGGCGUUCUUAGAGAGUUUUCCCACUGUGUGGCUGAAAUUCUGGACAGAUGCCAACUCAGAUGGCAAAUAUCAGCGAACUGGUUAUUAUCUAGGCAUAUAUGCUAUGUUACAGGUCAUGGCUGUCGUUUGGUUCGCUCUGCUCAUCUGGUUCGUCCUCGUGAUAAUCGCGGCCAAGUCCGGAAUAUCACUACACCACAGGCUACUGUGGACCGUCAUGAAGGCCCCACUGUCCCUGUUUACGACCACAGACAUCGGAUCUAUUACAACGAGGUUCUCUCAAGAUGUUGGAAUGGUCGAUAGACACCUCCCUCUCGGCCUUGUCGUUACACUUGCUAGCUUCUUCGGCGUCAUAUCCAAGGCUGGUCUGCUCGCCGCCUCCUCCUACUACGUUGCCGUCACCUUUCCUUUCCUCUUCGCCGUAUACUUCUACCUCCAGCGUGGCUACCUCCGCACCUCACGGCAGCUUCGCCUCCUCGACCUCGAAGAAAAAGCCCCCGUGUACACUCAAUUCCUAGAGACACUCGAUGGCCUCUCGACCCUCCGCGCCUUUGGCUGGGCACCCGCUGCCAUCGAAGCCAACCACAUCCUCGUCGACCGAUCCCAGCGUCCGUUCUACUUGCUCAUCAUGGUACAGCGCUGGCUAGUCCUCGUACUGGACAUGACUACCGCGGCCCUUGCGCUCCUGGUGGUUGGGUUUGCCGUCAUGCUCCGUGGCGACGUGGAUGUUGGAUUAACAGGCGUGUCGCUAGUGCAGCUUAUAGGGCUCAGCGAGACACUCAACAUGCUCAUUCAGUUUUGGACGUCAAUAGAGACCUCGAUCGGAGCCGUGGCACGGAUCAAGCAGUUUGCAGAAGACACACCAGAGGAGAGUCGACCUGGGGAGACCCAAGAGCCGUCGACCGCCUGGCCUGAUAGAGGAGGAAUCCAAAUCAGAGACUUGAUAGCAUCCUAUGAAGGCAAGGAAGAAGUCAAGGUUCUCGAUGGAAUCAAUCUUGACAUCAAACCGGGCGAGAAAGUCGGCAUCUGCGGCCGAACAGGGAGCGGGAAGUCUUCCCUUCUCCUCGCCCUCUUGCGCCUCCUCGAUCCUUCCUCCGGUACCAUCACUGUCGAUGAUCUUCCUUUGACAGCCUUGCCACGAGAGACGAUCCGUACACGAUUCAUCGCCAUAACGCAGGACCAGUUUGUCCUCCCCGGUACGGUCGGCCAGAACAUCGAUCCCUUCGGCACUUGCUCCCUGCCAGCUAUCGUCGAGGUUCUCCGACUCGUCGGCUUGUGGGACACGAUCGAGAAACGCGGAGGUCUGGAGGCACCGUUCGAGGAGGACAUGUUGAGCCAUGGUCAGAGGCAGCUGUUCUUCCUGGCGAGGGCGGUGCUUAGAAAGGCGGUUGGAAUGGUGGUGCUCUUGGACGAAGCUACGAGCAGUGUGGACCAAAAGACGGAGGAGGUUGUGAAGAGGGUGAUUGAAACCCAGUUUAGAGAGCACACCGUUAUAUCCAUCGCCCACCGUCUGGACACGAUUCUGGAUUUUGAUCGUGUUGUAGUCAUGGAGAAAGGCCACAUUGUUGAAGUGGGCAAACCAACAGAGCUUCUUGCAUCAUCAAGCAGAUUCAAAGCACUUUGGGGUGCCAGCUUCAGCACACGCAACUAGAUCACGCAGAUUUAGAAAGGAAACAACCAAGUAUAUCAUGG